AUGGCAUUGGAUAGAUGUAUUGCACUAUCUCUACCAUACACAUAUCACUCACUGAUAACACCAAUGAAGACACGUAUCUCGCUUCUGGUUGCAAUACUGACGGCUGCUAUUAUCACGUUACUACCAGUGUUCGGUUUCGGCUCAUACAUGUUCAACAUGAGAGGCAGAGUGAUGUGCAAAAGCAUCUCGUCUUUCAUCAAUCCAUAUGACGAAGCUUAUUUCAUCUUCUACACCAGCAGCGCGGUUAUGCUCUUGCUCAGUGUAAUUUUCUGCAACGUGGUCAUGGUACGGCAAGUGUUAAAACUUCAAAAAGUAGUUGAACCAGCCAGCCAGACAUUACCUACAACUGGAGAGCGUCGCAUGGUGCCGAAACUUACAAACGAAUUUCGUUUAGCCAUGACAAUUCUUAUGUUAUCCGCCGUAUUCUUGCUUUGUUGGGGCACAAUUAUGGUGUACGAGAUGUGGGAAGCUGCCACUGGAGGGUUCAGUUUAAAGUUCUUACAAGCAUCAAUAUUAUUGGUUAUGAUAAACCACACAAUUGAUCCACUGGUUUACGUCAUCACACGAAAACAAUUCAGAAGAGGCGUGGUAGAGUUGUUUAGCUGUUUUUGUCGACGAUUUGGACAAAUUAUUUGA